GUCUGUGCGCGACCAAAUUGAGAUAAGCAAAAUUGGAUCUAGGGUUUACUUACAUCGAACAUGAAUCCCAGUGCCAGCAUGAUUGACACGGUUCACGGCGAGGUCGAGGUGACGACGAAACACAUGGAGGCUUCCAUGUCGGAUUGCAUUAAGCUUCCGACCAAACGCAAGGCCGAGACGUCUCUGGUGGCGGAUUCUGUCGAAGGCGAAGGAAGCCGACAAGAGGAGGAGGAAAAAGACAGCGGAGAAAGCGACCAGGUUUGGGAUGUCGACAGUUUCGAUUCAGACUACUCUUCGCCAGAGGAGUCGGCUUCGGACACGGAUGAAAAGGAGCUGCGUCGUUAUUUGCGCCAUGUCUAUGAGAGCCGGGGUUUCUUGUUGGAAAAAGAGAUGGUUCCCAAGAAUCUGUUUCAAGGGUGGCGCCGUUUGAAUCUGGACGCCGUAUUCAAAAAGCCCAAUAUCACGGGGCGUGACUACAUGGAGACUAUGGCUCAAGUGGCUAUUGACAAAUACAACCAAACAAAGAAUAAGACAGUGACUCUUGACCAUAUCGUGAGGGCCGUGAAAAGGAUGAGCCAUGGAGUCAAAGCUUAUAUUACUUUCAUGGCUAAGGAGUCUCCUGACGGAGAGCUUGUAGAGUACCAAGCUAAGGCUGAGAAGAAGGUUUGGCAGACUAAGAUUCAUCCCAUCCUUUGCAGACCCUCCUCCUCCUCCUAAAGACUUUUGGCGUUUUCUUGAGCUUGCUUCCCUCGCGAGGAAAGUUUUAAGAAAGGCUAAUUAUGUUUGAAAACCUAUCUAAGUAGUUUGAGUUUGUGUAAUGGAUUUAAGCUAUUUAAAAGCUGUAAGACCUUAAUUAUGUAUGCUAAGUUAUUAUAUUACUCGUGUUUGAAUCUAUAUUGUAUUAAAGAAGUUGUGUUAAUCUCAUGUUAGUAUCA